AUGUUAUCAACUGAAUCUGUCCUCCGAAAGAUUCUCAAUCUGUGUGAAAACUGCCCCAGACUUCGAGAAGGAACUCGUCACGAUCUAAUCUUCAAACAGUUCUCAAACGCUCCGAUUGCUGACAAAGACGAAGGUAUGUGGGUUGCAGUAAAUGCAACUCUCGAUGCUGCCUUUGCUAAGGAUUGUAUCGGAGAAAACAUCUUGAAAGGGAACUUCGGCCUUCCAAUGGUGGUCAAUUGGGUCCGAAAAGCUGAAGAGCAUCCCACUUGGGACCUCAAUUCCGAGAUGCUUAUCAACAUCAAGCUGGAGAAUAUUGUAGCUGCGCUCAAAGAAUCUAACCCGAGAACGCCAAACAAUUCUACUGACUCUAGUCCUCCAGUCAAGCAAGCUCGAACGGCGUUUCACGUUUCCAACAUCAUCGUAAUAUCCUCUGACGAUGAAACUAACUUCGAAGCUGCCGAAACACGAACUUCAAAGGAUCAAAAGCAUCAUAUCAAGCACAUGAACGUUAUCGAAUUAUGUCCAUUAUCCAGACCAGGCGAUGAGUGUAAGCGAUGCAAGGUUGAGAUGCGCACUGGCGGCAAAGAUUUCUCAUGCCAUUGUGGUGCCAAAACAAUUUGGCUCAGCCACGGUCGUGUGAGAAUUGCUCAAGCUCACUGGGCCACUGAAACUUGCAAAGACAAGACGGAAAACCUUAAGAACAACACUCAGUUGACUACUUUUUUCAAACGUUCCACCUCAAUUCCUAAUUCGAUCACGGUGGCUUGUCCAGGACUCAACGACGAAACUUGGGAACGAAGAAAAGCAACCCACUCAAUUGCCGAAUUCAUCUCAAAGACCUUCACCAUCUAUCGUGGAAAUCACCGACAUGAUAUCUGCCGAGAGCUUUUUGGAAAGCACGCUCGAGAAAAUCAGUUGACGAAAGCUCAAAAGUCUCAAUUAAUUGCAACAUUAGACGCUAGAUCAACUUGGCAAGUCAAGAGGCACGGAGAGCGGAGUGCCAUAUAUUCGAGUGACUGCAAAAGGACCUUAAUUUGCAAGAAAAACAACGAGAACUUGGUGUGUAGCGCUUGUCAAGAUCUCAAGGCAAACCGUAGCUUGUUAAAAGCACUCAAUUCCGAUUAUGCGAAAGAUGACGAUAUCAAUUCUUCAAAUGGCGAUUUCACCGAGUUCAUGACGGUACUUGCUGCUUCCACUCGGAAUGGACUCUUUUCAAAUCGUGACGCCACACGUGGCUUGAUCAAGGCAGUGGCUAUUAAGGCUGAACGUGAAAAUGCUGGAAAGUCCACUCGGGGCAUGAGAAUUGACUCAUGUCUGGAUGAGUUUGUGAUGACUCUAGGGGCCAUCAGCCCUCGGGCUCUAACCCUUUUCAACGACAACUUCGCCGGACGUGGUAAUCGAAGUCUACAAAUGAUACGUGCUAAAGAAGGUUUUCAUCUACUCGACGGUCUUCACAUCGACAACUUUACUCGAAUAGCUGAAGUUCUGAAGGGGCUUGGCUAUUCAGGACCAAUUGCAGCUGCUUCGGAUCAAACUGUCUGUGUCAAGCGUCUUCGCCACCAUAAUGGUUUCUUGGUUGGAGCUCAAGGAGGUGAUAUUGCUUUCACCAAUGCGUCAGAGCUUCCAGAACUUGUUAAAUCCGUUGUCAAGAACAAGGAGCUCUGCUCCAAAAUUCGAGCGUAUACGAUUCAAGUUCCAUUACCUAAUGUGCCUACUUUCAUAGUAGCAUUAAUUGCUAGUUGCGAUAAGGAGACAUCUAAUGAUAUAUUAGAAGGUUACACGAAGUUCAUGGAAUUAUCUCGCCAAUCUGGUCUCAAUAUUCUUUCAAUUGGCGCAGACGGUGCACCAAUUGAACUAUCCGCUCAAGCUUCGCUAGUCAAAUCAGCGGACCGCUACUUUACUUACACAAACUCGAAUUACGAUGUUCAUAUUCAGAUUCCCCUGUUUGGCCAUCCUCCACGACCAGUUGUCAUGGUUCAGGACCCUAAACACGCUCGUAAAACCGGUGCUAAUCAGCUGGCCUCUGGAGCUCGUCUCCUCACGAUCGGCAACUAUUACAUAUCAAUUCAACAACUUGCAGCCAUUCUCCAGUCGGGGUGCAGUCCACUCCUUCAUAGAGAUGUUUUCGAUUGCGAUAAGCAAGAUGAUGGGCAAGCCUUUCGCACCUUAAGUUCCUCAACGCUAGCUGUCUCACUUGCGAACAAAGAAACACUUGGUUUGUCAAUCUACCUCUACGUCGUUGGAGAGAUGUGUGACGCUUGGUUAAACUGGUCUAUUGGACAUCGCGAACGUCUUCGAGCCGCCUGGACCACCGAAUUCUUCUUCAGACACUGGAAGAAGUACCUCCUCAACAGACAAUCUGAACCUCACAAGCUGAUGAGCUUCUCUCAAAAUUGUAUAUCGCCUCAAAGCUUCAAGAUAUUUUCAACUCUUGCAACGUCCCUUCUCCAACUUGUCAUUGCUCAUCGAGAAUUCUAUCCAACGUGUCCUCUACUCCCAUGGAAACAUGGGAGUGAACCAUGUGAGCAUAGCUUCGGCUGGAUGCGCGUGAUAUCUCCGCGAUUCACUGUGCUGGAUGCUCGGUUGAUGAUGCCUAAGAUACAUCUCAUCGUAAAAAAUAUCAUGUCAGGCCACAUGAAGAUACCGCCCUCUGAACAUAUGCACUCCGGCUAUCAGUAUGCAUUUGGCGACGAACCUGACAGCGAUAACCUCAAGUUACUUACCAAAUUCCCUUCAGAUAUCGAGAUAUCUGAAGAUCUGAAGACUGCAUAUGAACGAGCUAAUCACCUUGUCACAAUCUCUGGAAUGGGUCCACUCAACAAUCUGAUCUGUGACACUCCAGGCGUAGAAGUGGAGGAAUCAUAUGAAAACUUACCCGAAAACAUGUCAGAUGUAUCUGUUUGCGCCACGCAGCACUAUGAUAUAGAUUAUAUAUAUCAAGUGGGUAGUUGUCCUGAAAAGGAAGUGCUUGAAGCAGCAGCACUCUUGACCAAGGAACAAAAUACUAUCGAGCUAUUUCUUGACACCUUACCCGAAGAUUCUGAAAGUGAAUGUUUGAAAAACGCAGCUAUGAGUAUAUCAAACCUCCUCAAUCCAGCCUGUAAGCGCGUGAUGUUCAUACUUCAAGAAAUUCCUUAG